CCAGAGCCCAGCUUCCCAGCUUGCCCGCCAGCACCCAUCGCUACGCACCACUACUUGCCACUGCGGGAGCACCCCACGCCGCGCCUGAUUGCACCUGUCGCCUCUCUGACCGCGCUGUCGGUCGUCCCGACGUUUCGCUCCUGUCUCAGCCAACCCGGGGAUAACUGGGGCCUGCAUGUCAGCUCACUGACCUCCACAAAACACAUAUUCCGGGGACUCUGGUACCAAGCAUCUCACCUCUCGUCGAUUCCGCCCCGCUGCACCGGGAAGCCUCACCACGACCGUCGCCAUGUCGACCACUCCGCCCGCUGCACCGCCCGCAGACGCCAAAGAGACCAAGGGCGACCACCGCAAGAGCCUGGGCAAAUAUGUAAAGCGCAUGAGCAGCGUUUUCAGGCGUGAGCGCACCACCAAGACCAAGGGCAGCGGCCCCACGACCCCGACGCUGCCCGAGUCCUCCACGGGUGCACCUGCCGCCAUCGCAGAGGAUCAGGAAGCCGCAACUGCCAGUCCGGCCGCUGACCCCGUCGAUAUUGCGCCCUACGACGCUGCUGCUCCUGCUGCCGAACCCUCCAAGCCCGACGAAGUGCCCGUUCAGCCCAUCAUGCAGCGUUCUGCGCUCCAGCAAGAGCGUGCCCGCGCUCUGUUCGCCAAGUACGGCCUCACCUUGGAGUCGCACGAAUGGAUCGCUGCGCCUGCCAUGCCCGUGAACGUCCAGCGUAUCGAGAAGCCCAUCCGCAUGCGUGUUCACCGCACUUGCCACCGCUGCGGCACCACUUACGGCGCCGACAAAGUGUGUGCCAAGUGCGAGCACAAGCGUUGCAAACAGUGUCCCCGCUAUCCCAAGAAGAAGACGCCUCUUGAAAAGGCCCAGUCGCAGAAGCAGUCCGAUGUUGCGGCUGCAAAGGCGCUGCCCAAGAAGAAGCGGGUUCUCACGGUCCCCACAAGGACCGGCGGAGAACUCGCCUAUCAGCCUGCAAAGCAGCGCGUGCGCCGCAACUGCCACAAGUGCCAAGCCCUCUUCAUCCCGCCUACGGCCACCAUAUGCGAGGGUUGCCGCCACAUCAGGUGCACAAAGUGCCCACGGGAACCGGCGAAGCUCAACAAAUGGCCCAAUGGUUAUCCUGGCGAUGUCGAGUACGACAGUGACACCGAAAUGGAGCGCGAGCUGGAGCGGUCUAAACGCAUAUGGCGAAAGCCAAGAACGCGGGUGCGAUGGGAAUGCGACCAUUGCAACACCACCUUCCUCGAUGGCUCGCCGCAGUGUCCUGGCUGUGGACACGAAAAGUGUGAAAAAUGUCUCCGGAAGCCGAUCAAACGAGUCAAACCACAGCGGAGCUUCGAUCCCCAAGUCGUGAAGUCCGUCGAAGCCAAACUGCAGAAACUGCAAAUGCAUGAUGAACGACUCAGUCCACAGCCCCUCGAUGAGGAAUCUACCUCUUAAUGUUCGACUGCAUCACGACCACGAUCCAUUUCGGAAGCCGAUUAACCUUUUCUUCGAUAUUAUUACCUUUUGAUUCCCCCUCUUUCUACCGCCCUAGCUGCAUACGUGAACUUGUAUAAGUCAACAUGCAAUUCACCUUUGAGACCAUCCAGAGAUUACUUGAUCAAUGCAAAUUAUCCUGCGCCUUUGGCUGUAUGAGGUUCUUCACGUUUUCCUGU